AUGCCUGAGCGUCCGACGUCGACACAAAGCCUGGCAACAGCUGGGCUGGAGAAUUUGUCCCCACAGCACUUCGAGGUUUUGCAACAGGCCUUGUGGACAAUCCUCUCCACGGACCUGGCCACGGAGACAUUUGCCCAAGUUGUUGACGGCCGUCCCACGCGUGAUAUAGCGCAAGCAUUCCAAAACUCUACCCCUGGCUCAAGAGAAUUCCACUUACGCCUUAUUGAGAUCCCUGCUGUCCUCUGUCACGGCAUCGCUGUUCACUUGUAUCAGGCUUACGAUGGAGGCUUUCAUAAACCAGAGCCUCCCGACCCCAUAGUAUGGCCCGAUGAACUGCUUUGGCCCAACAUGCCACCCACACCACCCCUCAAAGCUCUGCCAGCGGAGCUUUUCCAUCAUUCUUAUGAUUUCUGGCAGCAAUAUCCUAACGGAAUUGCCGAUAUUGUCGGUUACUGGGCAGAAUAUCGUCUGUUCGGGGGGGUUGUUUUGUUUGAUCGUGGGGAGAUAGGGCACGAAUGCAAGGAUAUAUUUAUCCACCCAGUGGGCGGGUACAUCGGGCAGCAGCCUCCAGGCGGCAUUCGGUUCAAGGCGGAAGAAUAUGCACGUUGUGUCGAUGAAAACUAUGCCAUGGACAUGAACAUUUAUCGCGACAGGUAUGAACGGAUUAUACCUCAGAGGCGGGCCCGUUGUGUUAUCCGCGGUGAGGAUCUUCCAGGAUAUGCACAAGCCAUGGAAGAUUGGGCUAGGAGAACUGGAAAUUGA